CCAAAAGAGAACAAAAAAACAAGGGUGUUGUCCCCUUAGUAUAAAUCAGUUUUUGUCCAAUUUUUCUCCUUUUUACCCUUUCUAUAUCUGAAAACUAAUAAAAUAAAUACUUUUGUGAAUCAAAAAAAAUAUUAAAAAUAUAAACAAUUAAUAAAACACCUAUAUACACAUGCUAGUAUUUUUUAUUUUUUGAAAAAGUUCAUAAAUAAAAAUUUGAAAAUACGUUCUACUAAAGGUAGAAAGUGCAUUCUACGGAAAAUGGUAUAGUAGAAAGCAUUUUCUAAAAUAAAUACGUUCAUCUACUAUUUUUAGAACGUACAUUCUACUAUUUACUAAAUUUCUAAAAAUGUGGAAUGUGCAUUCUACUAAUCCUAAAGCUUCUACUUUUCGUCCGGAAGCAUCUUCUACUUUUGUUAAGUAUUCUAAAUUUUGCGGAACGUGUUUUCUAAAGUUUACUCUUCCUUCUACUAAAAGUAGAAAGCGUGUUCUGGAAUCUUGUCAAUGUUCUAAAGUUUUAGAAGGCGCCUUCUACGGAUAAGAUUACCUGAUUUUUGCGAAAAUUAAUGAAAUAUUUAGUUAAGGAAAUAUUCUAAAAAUAUUCUAAAAAUAUUCUAACUUCCUAAAACGUGUUAUUUUCGAUUUUGGUUGUCAAAAAAAAAAAAAAACGAUUCUCACCUAUCUUCUCCAUCAAUCUAUGGUUUCUCCAUAGCUUUUCUUUUGAUUUUUUUCACAAACUCUUCUUCUCUAUGAUGCAUAUCUAUACCACAUGUGGUGUUUGGAAUUUAUCAACUACUGGAUGGGUUUUUGCUGCUGAUGACAAAGGGGCUAGGCUACAGUUAUUGGAAUCAAAUUCUACUUUAGAGGAUUUAAAAAGAAUGGUUGUGGAGGAUUUUGAUAUGGAAGAAGAUAGCUUAGCCGAUUUGGAGUUCAGUUAUCUACCUACUGAGUUGAUUAAUACACCAACUUCCCCACCUGUGAUAAUUGCAAACGAUCGACAGCUUAAGAAUUUUGUUGGCUAUGUUAAAAAGAAUGUUUCUACUCAGUUGUGUGUAACAUCUAAAGCCAAGGCUCAUAAUCCGAAUGAAGCAGACUUUGAUCUUAACAACUUGCCAGCUGAUUCAAGUGCUGAUGAAGAGGAGAGCAACUCGUUGAACAGAAGGGACGAGUCAGCUCCUGUGUUUGCUGAGACGCAGAGGAAGAAAAAGAAAGAGAAGCCGGAAGCAGUCGAAGUUGAUGAGGAUGGCUAUGAUGCUGAUAUUGUGAUCUCUGAAAAAGAGAACAUAGAUAAUAUGUCAAAGUAUUCUCUGCUCCAUGUUGUUAAGAAGGGACAAUAUUUUGAGAACAAGACUUUGCUGAAGGCGACCUUCGAGAUAUGUGCAAUGAAGCAUAACUUUGACUACCAGGUUAUCAAAACGGAUAGGAAAAUUUGGUAUGUUAGAUGUGCGGAUGAUGCAUGCAAUUGGAGUGUUCGAGCAGAGUGUUUGAAGGAUUCUACAUUUUUCAUGAUCAAGAAGUAUGUUGGUCAGCAUACAUGCGCACCUUCAAGCAAAAGCAAAGCUGGUAAGACUGCCUCGGCAAAAACUAUAGGCAGUCUGAUUAUGCAUAAGUAUGAAGGGGUCAAGGAAGGGCCAAAAUGUAAUGAUAUCAUACAGAUUAUGCGUGGUGACCAUGGAUGUGAGAUCUCCAAAUCCUUGGCAUGGGAUGCUCGUGAAUAUGCGAUCAAUGCAGUUAGAGGUAUUCCAGAGAGAAGCUAUGGGAAAAUACCAAAAUACUUGCACAUGCUGCGAGAGGCUAAUCCGGGUACACACUUUGCUUAUGAGAUGGACGGGAAAGGGAGGUUUCGGUACCUGUUUAUUGCAUUUGGGCAAUCUAUACGAGGAUUUAAUAGCGUCAUGAGGCAGGUUAUUGUGAUCGAUGGGACUUUUUUGAAGAAUAAAUACAAAGGAGUUUUACUCGUUGCAACUGCUCUAGAUGGAAAUUCUAAUUUGUAUCCUAUUGCAUUUGGAGUAGUCGACUCAGAGAAUGAUCGUUCUUGGCAAUGGUUUUUGACACAGCUCAAGGUUCUCAUUGCUGAUAAUCUUCAUUUGGCUUUUAUUUCUGACAGACAUGGGUCCAUCGUUAAGGCGCUUGAGAAGGUGUAUCCCUCUGCUAGACAUGGUAUCUGUAUUCAUCAUUUAUUGAAUAAUGUGGUCACUUAUUAUCAUGGGAAAGGACUUGUUGGGUUGGUUUCAAAGGCGUCAAAGAGUUAUAGAGUUGCUGAUUUUGAGAAGACAUUUGCUAAUGUGUGUAAUAUCAGUCCGGCUAUUGGAAAAUACUUACGAGAUGCUGAUGUGCAGAAAUGGGCUAGAUGUCAAUUCCCUGGAUACCGAUACGACCUAAGGACAACUAACCCUGCUGAAUCUAUCAACUCUGCUUUGCGUUCGCCGAGAGAGUUUCCAAUCAUUCCUUUGUUGGACAGUAUCAGGGAAAUGUUGACACGUUGGUUUUAUAAGCGUAAGAAACUGAUUUCAAGGCAUAAUCAUCCUCUGACCAAAGAUGUGGAGAAAAAGAUAGCUAGGAGAACCAGGAAAUGCGCCACAUUUGAAGUUUACCCUGUUAGUGAUGGUCGAUUGCUUGUUAGAGGUGAUCUGUUCGACUGCUUGGUUGAUUUGGAUAGACGGACUUGCUCAUGUGGAAAGUACAAUCUUUUGAAGAUCCCUUGUAGGCACGCAAUUAAAGCUGGUUUUCAUGUUGGAAGAUUGCCACACACAUUGACUGAUUUUAUGUACACAACAGAUGCUUGGAGAGAAGCUUAUGAAGAAAGCAUAAAUCCUAUUGAUGUUCCUGAGGAUUCUUGGUCUGUACCAGAAGAAGUUAAGAAAGUCAUUGUGCUACCACCAGAGACAAGAAAAGCUGCAGGAAGAAAUAGAAAACGCAGAUAUGAAACUGUUGAAGACAAACUUCGAUCAUCGCAAACAUCGCAAAACAAGAAGGCUCGCACUUGUAGUAGAUGUCAUAAUAGUGGACAUAACAGAGCAACUUGUAAAGUACCAAUUUAGCCAGAACCAAAUGGUUGCUUAUCAUGGCCAGCUUAUUUCGAAGUGGAGUCUUAUCAUGGUUUCAGUUGUAUUUUGAUUCUAAAGACUUUCGACUUUGUUUUCAUUUUGAUAUGAUGUUGUGCGUUGCUAUUCUUUUCUUAUGGUGUUUUCAGUUUCUGACUCUGGUUUUUAAAGGUAAGCACUUCUCCAAAUAUAUGUGUCUCAUCUUUGAUUCGUUGAACAAAAUUAAAGCAAAACACAGAGAAACAACAGUGUGUGUCCGAACCAUAGAAUACCCAUCUUGAGUUAGUAAACCAAAUAAUUAAAAAACACAGAGAGACAACAAAACAAGCAGAAAGAUUUUCAUUCUUGGCUUCUUAAUCUUCCAAAAAUCCAUAGAAUGGUUCCUAAACAACCCAGCUCAAGAGAAUUUUUUUGCUUCCUAACUUCUUCUUCCACUGUCUUCUUCAAACUCUGUUUCAGAUCUUCAAUCUGUUCUGCAAUUUUCCCUUGCAUAGCCUCCACUCUUCGAAUCUCAUCAAGCAAAGCUUCAUCAACCCACUUAAAUAAAUGGUUUUCCAUCUUCCGCUACAUUGAAAACGAACAUCAAGUCAGAAAAAUUGGAUCACGACAAAUCUUUUCACAUCAAAGACAAAGUCAGAACAAAACCAUUAACAAAUCAAGUACAAAAAUCAAAACAAAUCCAAAUCGUGAAGCCAUAAACAAAGCAAUUAAAAACGGUGAAGGCAUGGAUUAGAAAACAAAUCGAAAUCGUGAUUCAUGAAUCUAUGAACCUGUGCCCCUAUCUCGCAUCUAUAAAAACGUCGGUAAGGAUUCUCAUCAGUUUUUGAAUAGAAUAUGACAAUCCCUCUCCCACACCAGCACCGCGACGGCACCCCCUGAGACUGUCGCUUUGCAGUAUUCAUGUUUGGGAGAAAGAGAUGUGGCGAGAAUGGAGAGAUUGACAGGAAAGAGGGAUCUGGAAAAAUGAAACAAAUCGGGUUUUUGGUCUUAUAUAUGUCGGGUAGGUGGUUAAUUUUAGGGAUCUCGAUUGGGUGGGGUUUAUUGCUAAAGUGGAUCGAAUAUUUGUAUGUGAUAAACAUAGUUUGGUGUAUAGUCUUAUAACAUCUACUUUGGUGUUCGAGAAGGGUUUCUCUUAAACAUAUCUUUAAAUGAUUGUUGUAUUCUAUCUGUCUACA